GAAGUUUAUUCCUCGGUUGUCCAUACCACACUAGUUAAAGAUGAUAAAGUUACUUGCUAUUUGUAUGUUACUGGGACUAACGGUCGGAUACCGGGUUAGAACAAGAUUCCUACAGAAUCGACUAAGGCCACGAUAUGGACCCAUGUCGAUCGUCGGUGGAGCCGAAGCAUACGAAAAUGCUGUUCCUUGGCAGGUUUCUAUCAAAAGUAACGAUUACAACCACUUUUGUGGUGGCUCGUUGGUUAAAGGAAAAAGUGGUAUAGCCGUAGUUACUGCAGCGCAUUGUGUCAGUGAUGGAACUACGGCUUCAAGUAUUCAGGUUGUAGUUGGGAGACAUUCCUUAUCAACGCAGUCAGCAUCUGAGAAAACAUAUCAAGUCAGCGAGAUAAAAAAUCAUCCCGAUUACAAUUCAGACAACAUGAACAACGAUAUAGCGGUAUUGUUUGUUGAAGGUGAAAUAUCAGAAACAGAGGAAGUCGCAUCGAUUCAACUUCCGAAUGAACAAUCUAGUGUCUUUAAUGGUCAGGAAUGCUUAAUUUCAGGAUGGGGCGCUCUGAAAGAAGGAGAAGAGGGGCCUGACAAAUUGCAAGAGGCUUGGGUUGAUCUAUUCUCUAAUGCUGUCUGUUAUGAAAAAUACAAUGACAAAUUCAACAAGAAUUUAAUGAUUUGUGGGGGUAAAGAAGAAGGAGGUAUUGAUUCUUGUCAGGGUGAUUCAGGAGGACCAUUUGCAUGCUUCGACGAUAACUGGAAUCCAAUCCUUGUUGGCGUUACAAGCUGGGGAGAGGGCUGUGCCAGAGCUGACAAACCAGGGGUGUAUGCAGAUGUGUUCAAGCUUAGAAGUUGGCUGAAUAAUGUGCUAGGUCUGUAAUCCGUACGUUUGGGGCUGCAACGAAGACAAAAUAAUCUCAUGAAGAAAUGCAAUUGAUUCUGUAAUCGUUUCUUAUAUAAAUAAAAAAAAAUAUGACUUGUUAUAA